CUCGCCAAAUAUUGAUUGACUACCUACUUAUAUCUAUCCUCUUCAAAUUUUCACUGUCCAUCAUGGCAGACAUCCUCACCCAGCUCCAAACAUGUCUUGACCAGCUCGCAACUCAGUUCUAUGCCACUCUAGGCUAUCUCAGUACCUACCAUGACAACUCCCCCGCCAUACCUCCACCAGGCAUCCCCAAUGCCGCUCCCGCCCUAGCCAGAAUGUCCAAGAACACAACCUCACCACCCGUCCCCGCCUCCAUCGCAGCCUCGGCAGGAGCAGGCGCAGCAGCCGCUGGCGCCGCACAAUCCCCAGUCCCCCCACCAACUCAGCAACCCGGUACAGAGCCGGGGGCAGCCGAAGGUGAAGAUCCAAGUCUCCUUCCACAACCGGACUCGCCGCGCACAUUCGCAGCCCGGCAGCGGGAGUUGGCGCGUGAUCUUAUUAUCAAAGAACAGCAGAUCGAGUAUUUGAUCUCUGUGCUGCCGGGAAUUGGGGCUUCGGAGGCAGAGCAAGAGGCUAGGAUUCGGGAAUUGGAGACGCAGUUGCGGGAGGUGGAGAAGGAGCGUGUCGCAAAGGCGGAGGAGUUGACGCAAUUGAGAGGCAGGUUGGAGAAUGUGCUGGAUGCCGUUUCGGUGGGACUCUAUGGUGAUAGGUAGUAUCACGAUGGAUUUGGAUGGGCUUCAGAUACCCGGUAUGCCUUUUUUUCACUUUCUCAAAGCAACUUUGGAGUUACGGAUCACGGUUUUUGCCAUUAUUGUACUUUCGUCUUAGAUACCAAUUGAUCAUUUGAUGCGAUCUACCUCCAAUCCGCCCUGAUCUGAACUACUCGC